AUGGAGGACUUCACGAAGCCGGAAUGGAAGGGUCGCAUUGGCUGGGCGCCGACUAACGGCUCAUUCCAGGCGAUGGUUACGGCAAUGCGCGUGGUGUGGGGCGAGGACAAGACGCGGGAAUGGCUGCUCGGAGUUCAGGCAAACGAGCCGAAGGUGUAUCCGAAGAACACACCGACUGUGGCUGCGGCUGCGGCAGGCGAGGUGGAUGUAGGGUUCGUGAACCACUACUACCUGCAUCGUUUCCUGGCGGAAGAGGGCGAGGAUUUCCGGGCGCGUAACUACCACGUGUCCGGCGGCGGACCAGGCGGUAUCGUUUUGGUGGCGGGCGGCGGUAUCCUGAAGACGGCGGAAAACAAGGACAAUGCCGAGCGCUUCUUCAAGUUCAUGCUUUCGCGAGUGGCUCAGCAGUAUUUCGCUGGACAGACCUAUGAGUAUCCACUGGUCGACGGCGUAAAGACAAAUCGCAUCCUCACGCCGCUUGAGGAGAUUAACAACCCGGACAUUGAUAUGGCGUCUCUGGAUGACCUUGCUGGCACGCAGAUAUUGCUGCGUGACCUUGGUAUUCUUCAGUAA